CUGAUUUCAAAACAUUGCAAAUACUUGUCUUUCUGCUGUCAUACUACUGGUUACAUUCAGCUAGAUUCCCUUGCGUAGUCCACGAAUGCAAUGGAGGAUGACUUCAGCCAGUCUCUCACACCGCCGGUGUCGCCCUUCGAGGCGGAGUGUCAGUACGAUCCGAGCCCGGCGAGGCCGCCCUGCUUCUCCUGCGUGUUCGAACCGGGCCGGGACGAAUCCAAGACAUUCUCUUCGGACGGCUACAUCGUCAGGGGAGCGCUGAAGAGGCUCAUGUUGAGGCUGGAUCCUGCACCUGGGGACUGUGAGACAGACACUGUGGAGAUUUUCGGCUUUCCCUGGGUGACAGAGACUGCGCUGGUUGAGUCGACCAAGCUUCUGUUCAGCUUGUUCAAGCAGAAGAUACUCAGACUGGAAACUCUAGUCCAAAACAGCUCACAUGACUUUGCACAAGUAAGCAGCCUUCAUUACGAAGCUGAGGAUCUAAGACGCCAGUGUGUGCACUUCCUUCAGUAUGUGAAAGUCUUCACUUUCAGGUACAUGGAGCCACCCCGCGGGGUCCCGCUGGAAGAGGCGGACACGCACCCGUACGAGGAUCUGGAGGCACAGCUUCCCUCUGUGCUGCUGGAGGAGCUGUUUGGGGUCAGCCUCCUCAUCGGGCGAGUCCGAGAUCUGCCCGCCAACGUGCAGAGCUCCUUCACCAUACACCACCAGGGCAAGCUGUUCCCUCCCGCCUGGCACCUGCUUCACCUGCACCUGGACUGUCACUGGUCGCUGCUGGAGAUUCUCCACCUGCUGGGAGAGAAGAUGCAGGGUCAGGUGGUGUACGCGCACCAGUUUGUGAAUCUGACUGGGGAGAACCUCACCAGCGCCAGUCUGUUUGAGGAGCAUCUCAGCGGCCUGCUGUGCGACCUCAUCGGCCUGGCCAUCAACAAAUACAGCAAGGUGAGACCCACCGAGGCACUGACCACCCAUCACUACCACUGCACCUGCACCAAAGAGCUGUGGGUCCUUAUCAGGCACCUGUUGGAGCACAGGAAUAGGGUGCUGCACGCACAGUCCUUCUGGAGCUAUGUCAACACACUACUGAGGAGUCUUCUGAAAGGCGAGCCGGCUGCUGAGCUGCAGGUGACACUCCCGAGUCACUGCAGGGACACGCUGGGGUUCACCUGGUGGCUGGUGACACAUCUGGCUGAGCUGAGCCAGUACGGCCGUAACGGGACCCUUCAGAUGGAGAAGGUGGAGGACAACUGGAGUUUUGUCCUUGAGUUACUAAAAUUAACUUGCAACCCCCAGGGCAGUGUUCAGGAGGAGCAGGUCCGGAUGCAUGUUCACUGCUGUCUCAGUCUCUGUCUCCUGUGGGACUCAAAUGUCAGCGCAGUCACUACACUCUGGGAGUACUACUGCAAAAACCUGAACGGCUCGUUCACAGUGCCCUGGCUCGGCGUGACGGGGCUGGGGACGGUGAGCCGGACACCGCUGGCCCUGUUGGAGAAGGCGAGGGCCUGCUGCAGCCUGGAGCCCCGGAGCCCCUCCGUCCUGCGCUCCAGCAGCCACGCCCAGCUCUACCGCUCUGCCAGCUCCUUCCAGAUCUUCCUGCGGAUCCUCGCCCUGCACCUCUCCCAGGACAGCACCGACAACGCCCCCUGGAGGCAGAUCAAGGGCAGAGUGUACUCUAAGUUCCACCAGCGGAGGAUGAAGGAGCUGUCCGAGGGGGGUCUGAGUAACUUCCUGCUGCUGUUCCUGGUCCUGGCGCGCGCGGGCGAGCUGGAGGACGUGGCGGCGCGGGCGUGCGAGCUGCUGGCGCUGCUGCCCCCGCCCCCACUGCCGGCCGCCCUCCGCGCCCUCGUGUGGCGGGGCCGGCUGGCCCUCCUGCUGCUGUUCCUGGAGCGGGGGCUGGACGUGGCGGCGCCGGCCGAGCGGCUGGCGGCGGACUUCGCGCAGGCGGCGCGCGAGUUCUACCUGAAGACCACGGAGCCGUCGCGCAAGCUGGCGCUGUGGGGGCUGCUGGACUCGUACCUGGAGGGCGUGCAGGAGGUGUUCGAGACCAGCGCCUUCCUGCACCUGUCCGAGGAGAAGCUGCUGAACGAGGGCUUCCGCCUGCUCCUCCCGGCCUGCCGCCAGUCCGAGCUCAGCUCCGCCCUCGGCUUCCUGCAGACCAUCCUCGCCCAGCUGCAGAGGGUCCACCAGCGCUGUGCCCAACCCUGCCACUCAGCUGCUCCCUGUCCUCCUCCCAGCGUGGCUAAAGAGCGCCACCUAGCGGUGGCAGGUGCUCUGUGGGCCAACUUCUUCCCUUUCCUGCGUGACUUACGGCAGUCCCAGACACCCCCGCCCCAGCUGGCCGACGCAGCCGCAGGAUUCACUCUGCUGGCCCUGGAGAUGCCUGGCUCCGCCCCGCAAGAGCCCCACACCGUCCUGUCCAUCAUGCAGUGCUUCGGCUGGGACGACAUGCUGCACCCCCUGCUGGUGACCCGCUACCUCGUCCACCUUCUCCAAAACAGUGCCCUGGUGUCCUCGGUGAGCGCCGCUGGUUCUGGUUCUGGUUCUGGUUCUGCCCAGGGUCUGUGUGUCCAGGCCUGGGUCAGGUGUGUCCUGCAGCAACAUGUCCACAAGAAUGCUGAUGGGUCAGACAGCAAAACAGCCAAGGCACUGAGCGAUCUCCUGGCAGAGCUCACCAGGCUGGUCUUCCAGCUGCCGGAGGUGGAGUCUAUUCUGCAGGGGGCAGGACUGCAGCCUGGAGCCAGAGGGCAGGAGCCUGCACCUGCACUGGCAACCUUCAUCAAAGCUGUGGGCCGUACCUACACGAGGCUGGAGGGCCUGGCUGAGCGCUCUGCUAUGGUGUCCAGGGCACUGGAGUAUGUAGGCGACGUCGUGAAGCACAUCAAGCCAUACCUGGUCAACAAGGGCCCCCAGGAGGGACUUCAGCUAGCAUACUGGGCAAUAGGGUACCUGUUGAAGCAGUGGAGCCCCCUGCUGGCCACCUCUAAGGCACAGCAGCUGUUGUUCCGCAUUGUGGACAAGCUGCUGCUCCCCCAUGCUUUGUUCCAGCAGGACAAAGGGCUGCCCCCUCAGAUACUGUCUGCUGUAAAGGAGAGCCUUCCUCUGUACCUGCAGGGCCUGUCAGCGGCCGCGGGUGUGUCCCAGACUCAGGGAGUGUACCUGAAACAGCAGCUCCACAGCGUCAUCUCCCACUACCUGGGCCGGUUCCUCCCAGCCACGCCCUCCACCGCAGCCGUGGCCAAUCACCCCAUCCUGCUGGCCGCCUGUGAGGCCACACCCAGCCCCCAAGGGCUAGCACUGAGGAGGGCCAUUCUUCAAGUGCUCAGCGAGAGCUUCCUGCAGUUUAAGGGCCAUGCCCCGCCCCCUCGGCUAGCUUCAGUUCUGUCCUUCCUGAUGGAGCUGCUGAGACGGACAAGAGAGUCGAACCCGGAGCUGCUGACCCUGCCCCUCCCACAACUUCUGCGCUGUCUCAUGCUGGUCAACGAGCCACAGGUGAAAAAGCUGAGCACAGACACCCUGCAGCUGGUGGUGGAGCGGUGUGCUGCCGCCACAGACGGACCAUGUGACCAAGUCUCCGCUGCUCUGAAGUGCUUUGUGGAGCAGAACGCGGGGGUGUACGACCAGCAGGUGUACGGUGUUCUGGAGACUGUGGCGAUUCUGGACCCACCCGUGGCGUCGACUCUGAUCCCAAUCCUGUCUUUGAACCUGAGGAACACCGAGAGCAAGAGAGGCCUGGGGAGAAACGCUACACUGAGAAACGCCUACAGAAAGUUGCUGUCUCACCUGGGAGAGGCAGGGCAGGCAGAAUUAAUCAGCCUGGAGCAGGACUGA